UCGACUGUACAUAACUUUUCUUGCAGCUCUCACUUUUCUAGUACUGUUUCUUUGUUGAAGAAAAGAAGAUGAAUUCCGCAAUAGAUGCUGAAUAUUGUCGAACAAGCGAAUUAAAAGCUUUUGACGAUACAAAAGCUGGUGUUAAAGGACUUGUCGAUGCUGGAAUUACCAAAAUCCCUCGAAUUUUCCAUCAACCUCUGAAUGCUUUACUCGAUAGUUCACACGCUCCCAAUGAUUCUGAUACCAAGUUCGUCUUUCCUAUCAUAGAUCUUCAAAAUAUCAAAAAUAGUGCAGAUUCACGCAAGGAAAUUGUAGAAAAGGUACAUAACGCGUCAGUAAACUGGGGGUUUUUCCAAGUUGUCAAUCAUGGGAUUCCUACCAAUGUUCUUGAGGAGAUGAAGGAUGGCGUUCGUCGAUUUUACGAGCAAGAUACAAAUCUGAAAAAGGAAUAUUAUACUCGCGAUUUAACUAAAAAGGUAGUUUAUAAUAGCAAUUUUGAUUUGUAUACAGCACCGGCAGCUAAUUGGAGAGAUACGAUGGCUAUCCAAAUGGCUCCUCAUCUUCCACAACCUGAAGAGAUUCCAGAAGUUUGCAGAGAUAUACUGAUGGAGUAUUCCGACGAAAUAAUGAAAUUGGGGAAGUUAAUGUUGGAAUUACUAUCAAAAGCUCUUGGUCUGAAACCAAACCACUUGGAAGAAAUGGACUGUGACAAAGGUCUUUUUGUUUUGUGCCAUUACUAUCCACCGUGUCCUGAGCCGGAAUUAACCUUCGGCACAAGCAAGCACGCCGACAGUGACUUCCUCACUCUGCUUCUCCAAGAUCAUAUCGGCGGCUUACAAAUCCUGCAUCAAAAUCACUGGAUUGAUGUUCCUCCCACGCCUGGUGCCCUAGUGGUUAACAUUGGAGAUCUUCUACAGCUCGUAUCGAAUGACAAGUUUAAAAGCAUUGAUCAUCGGGUGCUUGCGAACCGUGGAGAAGAAGCAAGAGUAUCGGUGGCGUGCUUCUUUGCCACAGGUUUUUUGUCUGUGCCAAGACUUUAUGGACCUAUUGAGGAGCUUAUAUCGGAACAUAACCCUCCAAAAUACAGACAAACCUCAACCAAAGAAUUUUUUGAACACACUAAUGCUAGAGGACUUGAUGGAAAUUCUUCUCUACUUUAUUUAAAGUUCUGAAACCUCGCAAUCCAAUCAACAUGUCAAAAUCAGUAGUGAUCUUAUAAUAUUUUAUCAGAAUUUGUGAUGCUAAUAUGAAGAGAAUAAAAUGAGUUUGUGAUGCUAAGAGGUCAAGUCAACCAAUGAGUAGUUGAUUGGAUUAAUGCUCAAAUUACUCUAUAAGAGUGUUUGCAUGUUAUUCAUAAUUUUUCAAUUUACAGUUUGUAAUAAUAUUAUCUUAUGUAUUAUUUUUGUUAAACAAUUAUAUUUUUUAAUGUAAGUUGUGGUGUUGUUGUGAUCGAA